GAAGUAAAAAAAAAAACAAAAAGUCGAAAGAGAAAGUGGAACUGUUUCAAACUCAAACGUCAUUUAAAAGACGGAGGACAAAGAGGAUGCAGUAAAAAGGAAUUAAAUUGGUUAAAAGAACUGACUUGGCUGGUUUGGGAAAGAACCCACAAGUGGUCUAAACUGGUCAGAUGUGUUCCAGUCUCCUGAGAUGGGGGGCGCUGUUUGUAAAGAGUGUCUCUCAGAGGAGCCAGACACCAAAGGAGGAACCCUCAGCACUGACAGAAAGAGGGUCCAGGUAGAAAGAGCAGGGUCACCUGUACCCAGCUGUCUGUCUAUGAAGAGUGAUCAUUCAAUGGAUCGUCCAUUCGAAUUCAGAGGAGAGGUCACAGUUGAUCAAAGGAUACUGCAGUCUCUCCAUUCCUGGUUUUUAGAAGUGAUGAGUUCAGAGAAAUUCUCUUUCCCAAGACAGUCUCUCCUGCGCACUUUGAUGAAGCUGAAGAAGGAUGAGAAGUUGAAACAGUUUCAGAACCAUCUGAGUCAGGAUUGCCCAGAAUGCUUUGAGACUCUGUCUGAAGAUCAUUCUGUACUGGUUAUGUUUAUGAAGAUGAAGGAAUUGUUCAAAAGUCAUCGAAUUGAAGAUUACCCAGAAUGCAUUGGGAGAGAGCAGAAGGAUCCUGCGGCCCUGUACAUAGUUGAGAAGUUGCUGGAGACCUAUGGCAGUGAGAGGUCUCUGAAGAUCACACUCCACAUCCUGAGGAACAUGAAGCAGAAGGAUCUCAUUGACUCACUGGAGAGAGAUGAGCAGCGCAAUGGAUCCAUAAAAAUAGCCCAAAAGGCACUUAAAGCUCAUCUAAAGAGGAAGUUUGAAUGCAUAUUUGAAGGUUUAGCAAAGCAGAGCAACCCAACCGUCCUCAAAGAGAUCUAUACAGAGCUCUACAUCACAGAGGGGGGAAGUGGGGGGGUCAAUAAUGAACACGAGGUCAGACAGAUUGAGACAGCAUCCAAGAGACAAACCACACAGGAGACUGCAAUCCUCUGCAAUGACAUAUUUAAGCCUUUACCUGGACAAAAGAAAUCCAUCAGAACUGUGCUUACAAAGGGCAUCGCUGGCAUUGGGAAAACUGUCUCUGUGCAGAAGUUCAUUCUGGACUGGGCAGAAGGAAAAGCCAAUCAGGACGUUGAUUUCAUCUUCACUCUUCCUUUCCGAGAUCUGAAUUUGAAGAAGGAAAGAGCAUUCAGUCUGAUGCAACUUCUGCAGCACUACUUUCCACAACUGAAAGAGAGCCAAAGUGUUGAAGGUGAUGAGGUCAAAGUGGUGUUUAUCUUUGAUGGUCUGGAUGAGUGUCGACUUCCUCUAAAUUUCCAAAGCAAUAAGAAGUGCUGUGAUAUAACAGAAUCAUCAUCAGUGGAUGUGCUGCUGACCAACCUCAUUAAGGGGAAUCUGCUUCCCUCUGCUCUCCUCUGGAUCACCUCCCGACCAGCAGCAGCCAGUCAGAUCCCUCCUGAGUGUGUCCACCGAGUGACAGAGGUACACGGGUUCAAUGACCCACAGAAGGAGGAGUACUUCAGGAAGAGAAUCAGAGAUCAGAACCAGGCCAACAGAAUUAUCUCACACAUAAAGUCAUCCAGGAGUCUCUACAUCAUGUGUCACAUACCUGUAUUCUGCUGGAUUUCUGCUACUGUUCUGGAGACAAUGUUGGGUGAAACAGAGAGUGGAGAUCUGCCUAAAACUCUGACUGAAAUGUACACACACUUCCUGCUCAUUCAGACUAAUGUGAAGAAUCAGAAGUAUCAUGGCACUGAUGAGACAGACUCAAAGAAGAUGUCAGCAUCAGAUACAGAAAUCAUCCUGAAACUGGGGCAGCUGGCUUUUCUACAGCUGGAUAAGGGCAAUCUGAUAUUCUAUGAAGAGGACCUGAGAGAGAGUGGCAUUGAUGUCAGUGAAGCUUCAGUGUACUCCGGGGUGUGCACAGAGAUCUUUAAAGAGGAGUGUGGGUUGGAUCAGGAGAAGGUCUACUGCUUUGUGCAUCUGAGCAUUCAGGAGUAUCUGGCUGCCUUAUUUGUGUUUCAUUCAUGUGUAAAUGAGAACAGAAAUGUACUCGGAGCAGAAGAAUCAAAAUCUUACAGUCGCAGAGUGCAGCUGUCUGAGUUACUCAGGACUGCAGUGUAUCAGGCCUUACAGAGUAAGAAUGGACACCUGGACCUUUUCCUCAGAUUCCUUCUUGGCCUCUCUCUGGAGUCCAUUCAGAAGCUCUUAGGGGGACUACUGACACAGACAGGAUGCAGAUCACCUAGCAUUGAGGAAACAGUCCAGUACAUUAAGGAGAGGAUCAGAGAGGAAUCUUCAGCAGAGAGGACCAUCAAUCUGUUCCACUGUCUCAGUGAACUGAAUGACAACUCCCUAGUGGAGGAAAUCCAGAAUUCCCUGAGAUCAGGAAAACUUUCUGAUAAAAAGCUGGAACCAGACCAGUGUUCAGCUCUGGCCUUUGUGUUACUGAUGUCAGAGGAGAUCCUGGAUGAGUUUGACCCGAAGACAUACGACACAUCAGCAGCAGGUCAUCAGAGACUGGUACCAGUAGUCAGGAACUGCAGGAAGGCCACACUGAACAACUGUAACCUCACAGAGAAGUCCUGCGAUAUUGUGGCCUCAGCAGUCCAGUCAUCAAACUCAACCCUGAGAGAUCUGGACCUCAGCUGCAAUAACCUGAGAGAUUCAGGAGUGAAGCUGCUCUGUGUUGGACUGAUGAGUCCAAACUGUAAACUAGAGAGACUGGGGCUGUCAGGCUGUAGAGUCACUCAGAGAGGCUGUGAUUCUCUGGCUUCAGCUCUGUGUUCAAACCCCUCACACCUGAGAGAGCUGGACCUGAGAUACAAUCACCCAGGAGACUCAGGAGGAGAGAACAGGACCAAACCAGGGCCCAGGAAAUACGGCUGUCAGCUCACACUGGAUCCAAACACAGCGCACAGAGAUCUGUCUCUGUCUGAGGGGAACAGGAGGGUGACAAACACACCGGGGAGAGAGCAGCCAUAUCCUGAUCAUCCAGAGAGAUUUGAGCACUGGACCCAGGUUCUGUGCAGAGAGAGUGUGUGUGAGCGCUGUUACUGGGAGGCUGAGUUCACUCUGCCUGAGCGGGGGGAGAAAUGGGUUUUUAUAGCAGUGACAUAUAAAGGAAUCAGCAGGAAAGGACAGCGUUCUGACUGUAAGUUUGGAGAUAAUAAAAACUCCUGGAGUCUGAAGUGCUGUAAACCCAGACACUCUGAUAAACUCAGUUACUCUGUCUGUCACAAUAUGUACCAUAGAGACAUACCUGUCCCCCCCUCCCCCUACCGCAGAGCAGGAGUGUGUGAUGAUGAUGGUAGAGGAGUGUGUGUGUACAGGAUAGGAGUGUGUGUGGACCGUCCGGCUGGCACUCUGUCCUUCUACAGCGUCUCUGACUCUGACACACUGACCCUCCUGCACAGAUUCCACACACACUUCACUCAACACAAACCCCUCUGUGCUGGAUUUAGAGUGCGGGACUCCUCCUCAGUGUCCCUCUGC